AUGGCUCUCGUCACGAACGAGAUGAAGACCAAGGCCGAGGUCUACCACAGCGACGAGAUCUACCGCAAGAAGCUGAACCUCCUGCUGGCGGAGAUCGGCCUCGUCAUGGCGUCCCAGGAGAUCGAGGAGUACGGCUACGACAAGGGCGUGGGGCUGGUGUGGCUCAAGCAUUGCAAGAAGGCGAAGCAUAAGGUGGUUGACAACGUGGUUGUCUCCUAUAACACCGUCGUGUCGGCCUACGUCAAGCCCCAUCGGAUCCACAAGCUCCGCGAGGUGAAGCUAAGUGAGAUCCACAUCUACGGCGAGGGUGGCUCCCCAGUGCCCAUGGGCGAGCGUCGACCUAUGGCUUGUGGCUGA